UCUUGUCAGCCUGUUAGUUCUUGUGUCUCUGUUGUGGAUUUCACUCCUUUAUUACUAUUGUUGUCACACAUCACUGAGCACGAUGACAGUGCGUAAAGGAAAGCGGAUGGGGAUCUCCAUCCAGGAGCACAUGGCGAUAAAUGUCUGUCCCGGCCCCAUUCGACCCAUCCGUCAAAUAUCUGCCUACUUCCCACGUCUGUCUCCCACAUCCUCUUUCUCUGACUCACUGUCGCCAAACCCGGCCAGCGGUCCAUCAGGAGCUGCAGGGGAUGGGGGUCUGCUUUCCCCUCGCUCAGCGGCCGCUGCUGGAGGCAGUGGGACGCUAUCAGCCAUGAGCAGUAUGGACACAUCUAUCGAGAUUGACAGCUGUGACAGCGAUGACAACACAUCAUUGGGCACUCUAGAGUUUGUGCUGCUCUACGAGAUGGCAACAAGUUCCCUUCACUGCACCGUCAUCAAAGCAAAGGGUCUGAAGCCCAUGGACUUUAAUGGUUUGGCCGAUCCCUAUGUGAAGCUACACCUUCUCCCUGGUGCUUGCAAGGCCAAUAAACUGAAGACAAAGACUGUGAGGAAUACUCUGAACCCUGUGUGGAAUGAAACACUAACGUACUGUGGCAUCACAGUGGAAGAUAUGUACAGAAAAACCCUCAGGGUGUCUGUAUGCGAUGAGGACAAGCUGACUCAUAAUGAGUUCAUUGGAGAGUCGCGAGUGGCAUUACGCAGAGUGAAGCCUGACCAUCCCAAACACUAUAACAUCUGCCUAGAGCACCCCCCUCCUCUCUCAUCUCCUACAGCCACAAGUUCAGCUCUGAGAGGAAUGUCCUGCUAUCUGAGAGAGUGGGAGAGCGAGCAGCAGCGCAAUCUAGAAGAGCGUGGUCGUCUGCUACUGUCUCUGCAGUUUCUGCCCCCAUCACAGAUGCCAGAUGGGGAAGGCCAGGUGGAAGCUAAAGAACGAGCCAAGGGUGGCCUGUGUGUGGGGGUCCGCCGCUGUGCCCACCUGGCAGCCAUGGAUGUCAAUGGCUUCUCUGACCCAUAUGUAAAAACAUACCUGAAACCCGACCUGAAGAAGAAAUCAAAGCACAAAACUGCAGUGAUCAAAAAGACACUGAACCCUGAGUUCAAUGAGGAGUUUUUUUAUGAGAUCACAUUCAAUGAGCUGUCCACCAGGACAUUGGAAGUUACUGUCUGGGACUAUGAUUUGGGGAGGUCCAAUGACUUCAUUGGAGGCGUGUCUCUAGGAUGUCACUCACAGGGCGAUGCCCUCUUGCACUGGAUAGACUGUCUAAAAAAUAAAGGUCAGAAGGUUGAGCGCUGGCACACACUGACCAAUGACCUGCCAGGAUCCACAAUUUAACAGCAACGAGAACUGCCUGAGACAUUAUCCUGCACUUGUUUACAUUUCAACUGGAUUGUGCUCAAUAAUUUACCAUCACGUCUUCUCUGCUAUCUUUCCUCAGCCAACACCUGUCAGAAGUACUGUUGUACUGUAUAAAUAUAAUUUUCUUUACCAGUGAUCUUGUCUUAAUUUCUAGAAAUGACAUCUAAAUAUCAUUGAUAAUCAUUUAAAUUUACUUGAGAACCAAAACUGCAUAAGACAUCAGGACUUGUUUUCAGAAAAUAUAUAUUGAAUGGAGUUAAUUUUUCUUACACCCAUGGUAAAUUGUUUUUGUCAUAUCCUUUUUGUUUUAAGCAUAAACCUUAUUAAAUUGUUUUUAGAUUUACAAUGGCAAGGGAAAAGUAUGUGAAUCCUUUGGAAUUAGAUGGGGUUCUGCAUUAAUUGGUCAUAAAAUGUGAUCUCAUCUUCAUCAAUGUCACAAAUCUAGACAAACACAAUGUGCUUAAGCUAACAACACACAAACAAUUAUAAUUUUUCAUGUCUUUAUUGAACACAUCCCAUUAAACAUUCACAGUGUUGUGAAAAAAGUAAGUGAAUCCUUGAAUUUAAUAACUGGUUGCUUUUGGCAACAAUAACCUCAACCAAGCGUUUCCUGUAGCUGCGAAUUAGACCUGCAAAAUGUUCAGAAAGAAUUUUGGACCAUUCUUCCUUACAGAACUGCUUCAACUCAGCCAUAUUCUUAGGAUGUCUGGUGUAAAUGGCUCUCUUGAGGUCAUUCCACAUUACCUCUGUUGGGUUAUGGUCUGAGCUCUGACUGGGCCACUCCAAAAGGUGAAUUUUCUUUUUUUGAUGUCAUUCUGUAGCAGAUUUACUUCGAUGUUUAAGGUCAUUGUCCUGCUGCAUCACCCAACAUCUACUGAGCUUCAGCUGGAGCACAGCCAUCCUGAUAUUAUCCUGUAGGAUAUCUUGAUAAACUUGGGAAUUCAUUUUCCCCUCGAUGAUGGCAAGCGGUCCAGGCCCCGAAGCAGAAAAGCAGCCUCUAAUCAUGAUGCUCCCUCCACCAUACUUCACCACUGGGAUGAUGUUUUCAUGUUGGUAUGCAGUGCCCUUUUUACACCAUAAGUAGUGCUGUGUGUUACUCCCAAACAAUUCAACCUUAGUUUUGUCAGUCCACAAAACAUUUUCCAAGUAGAGCUGUGGAGUAUCAAGGUGGUCUUUGGCAAACUUUAGGCACACAGCAAAGUUUUUGUAGGAAAGCAAUGGCUUCCUUUGUAGUGUCCUGCCAUGGACACCAUGCCAGUCUAGUGUUUUCUGUAUAGUAGACUCAUUAACAGAGAUGCUAACCAAUUACAAUGAUUCUUUCAAGUCUUAGGCUGUCACUCAUGGGUUGUUUUUUUACCUCAUUGAGCAUUCUGUUGUAUGCCCUUUGAGUCAUCUUGGCUGGAUGGCCACUUCUAGGGAGAGUAGCCACAGUACUAAAUCAUCUCCAUUUAUAUUUGUCUUACUGUGGACAGAUGAAUAUCUAAGCUCAUCAAGAUAACUUUGUAACUCUUUCCAGCUUUAUGCAAAACAACAAUUAUUGAUCAAAGGUCUUCUAAGAUAAUUUUUUUUUGUGAGGUAUGGUCCAUGUCAGCCCUUACAAAAAGUUCGUGGCAAACUUUCCGCAAAUUGUGCAUUGUUGCCAAAGGUUUGCUGCUGCUUCACCACUAGCGGUGAAGAGCUGCAAACUUCGGGCAAACAUUUGUGGCGAAUCACAAGCUCAUUUGCAUAUGAAAAUAAUUUGUGCCAAAUUUGCUGCUAGUUUAGAUUUUAAGGGAGCAGAUGCUUCUAAGGAAUAGCAAACUCAAAAUGUUUGAGUCCUUUGCAUAAAUCAAAGUAGUUCUAAUCCACACCUCCAAUCUCGUUUCAUUAACUGAAUGCCAGGUUUGCCAACUCCUGACUUUAAUUAGCUUUUGUUGAAGUAAUGAGCCCCACAUACUUUUUCCAACCUACACUGUGAAUGUUUGAAUGAUGUAAUCAAUAUGUACAAGAACAAUACAAUAAAGUGUGUGUUAUUAGUUAAAACAGAUUGUGUUUGUUCAUUUGGAUGAAGAUCAAACCAGAUUUAAAGACAAAUUUAUACAUAAAUGCAGGUAAUUCCAAAGGGUUCACAUACUUUUUCAUGCCUCUGUAUGCUUAAAAUAUGAAAUAACCUAAUUUUCCUUUCUGAAGUAAAUUGUUUUAAGGAAUUGUAUAUGUUUUUACUGGAAAAGACAAAAUACUGAUUAAUUUUUAUUUGUUUUGCAGUGUAGCCUUAUGUUAAGGGCCUAAACUUGGGUUUGAGAUGGACUGCAGGUUCAUGCUUUUUCCAGAGUUAUCUAAACAGUUUCUUGUAUAGCAGUAAAAGCCUACAUGUGACAACUGUAAAUAAAUAAUAAUAAAAAGUCUCUUUAAAUAUCAUUAAUAUAUUUGUGUUCAUUGUAAUAAUUUUGCCAUCGUGUUUAACAGUGCUUCCAAAAUAAUGUUAAUAAAUAUGUUUUAUUGUUUCAAGAAACCGACAUUGUAUUGCUUGCUGCUGAUAUUGUACUACUGUAUUUGAUCUUAUUUAAGAGGACAUUGGGAUAUGUCUGUGUUAAAAGUUGACCUAUAUUUGAAUAGCACAACUGCUGUAUUAUUCACCAUAUUCUUCCAGUUGUGAUCAGCUAAUGAGAUGAACAUUCAGUAUUAUAUGUUAUUGUGUAUAGUAGCACAUAGUUCUCUACUUCCACACUCAAGAAAUCUACCAGUCUUUUGUUUUAUUUAUUUUAUUCACUAAAAUAUAUAAUAAUCGAAUUAGUGUAUUGGUUUACACUUUUUUCUUUUUCAUAUGUAUUUGUCAUCUACAUCCCUGAUUUCUUUACUUCUUUACUCUAUGGGACAUACACUUGUUUAUGAGCAUUAUGGCAUUUUUGAUGAAUAGAAUUUUAAUGACAUUUACAUCUAACCCUAUGUGAAAAAUAUAGCAUACAUUUUAAACCAGUUCUUUUUUCUUUGUCUGGUAUGAUGCAUGAUUGCUUACCUUUCUGACGCAUGAAUGUUUUGCCAACUUUGU